UCUGCAGUGUUACAUUCUAUUAUACUACACCAAAAUGGCCACAGUCAUUCAAAACCCUCUGAAAUCGCAGUCCAGUGGAGCAGUUAUGAAGAACAGUCUAGGAGAGGAGUUCUACCGAGAAGCCAUUGAGCACUGCAGAAGCUACAACACGCGGCUGUGUGCAGAGAGGAGCAUGCGGCUGCCGUUUCUUGACUCCCAGACUGGCGUGGCGCAGAACAACUGCUACAUCUGGAUGGAGAAGACCCAUCGAGGCCCAGGACUGGCUCCAGGACAGAUCUACACUUACCCUGCCCGCUGCUGGCGUAAGAAAAGGCGGUUAAACAUCCUUGAAGACCCUCGGCUGCGGCCCUGUGAGUUUAAAAUCGACUGUGAAACGGUUCUAAAGAAGGAGAACGCUCUCCCGGAGGGGCCUGUAUUGGAGUCUCUGCUCAGUUCCGAGUCCCUGGAGAAAAAGGUGGAGAUGAAAGAUGAAGAGAGUAUGAGUGAAUGCCAGGCCUAUGGCAUUGGAGUGAUGAGGAAAAGGCAGGACCCCAUCUCUCUGGAGGACAGGGACAAGCCAUACGUCUGUGACAUUUGUGGUAAGCGCUACAAGAAUCGACCGGGACUCAGUUACCACUACACACACACACAUCUUGCAGACGAGGAAGGAGAAGAAGACUCUGAACGGCAUACACUCCCCUUCCACCGGAAGAACAACCACAAGCCCAAGAAAGCCCCUGAUGGAUCAGUCAUUCCGAAUGGGUAUUGUGAUUUCUGUUUGGGCGGCUCCAAGAAGACAGGCUGCCCCGAGGACCUCAUCUCCUGUGCGGACUGCGGCCGCUCAGGUCACCCAUCCUGCUUGCAGUUCACGGUGAACAUGACGGCAGCGGUACGGACCUAUCGCUGGCAGUGCAUCGAAUGCAAGUCCUGCAGCUUGUGUGGAACCUCUGAAAAUGACGACCAGUUGCUCUUCUGUGAUGACUGCGACAGAGGCUAUCAUAUGUACUGUCUGAGCCCCCCAAUGUCGGAGCCCCCUGAAGGAAGCUGGAGCUGCCAUCUGUGUCUGCGUCAGCUGAAGGAGAAGGCCUCGGCCUACAUCACGCUUACCUAAGCCUCCACAGAGGGUCCGCUCUUGGCAAACGGCGGGCUUGGGAACGGAGUUUUUCCCUGCUGGCUCUGCUGGGUCUUACUGCUGGUUUAUUUAUUUUACCAGUUUGCUUGGAAUUUUCUUUUAUUUAACUGAAUUUUUGAAUGAAUGACUUUUGGUUUACUUUCUUGUGCUGCCAUAAGAACUGCUCCCCAUCGCCCCCUACCUAUUGUUAAAGCAACUAAUAUUUAUUAAUUUAAAAAAAAGAUAGAGAAAAAGAAACAUUUUUUGAAUAUUAUACUGAUACUUAACUAUUAGCUAAUAAAUGUAGAUUUAGGGAACGCGACAGAGCGCCUUCAGCUGUGCCUGUGACGUUUUCUUAGCAGAAAUCAAAAGGAAGGAGGUGUAGUUUUGACAGAUGACCAGUAAAGGAUCAGCUUUUGUGAACACGCCGUGCGAAUGCUGCCGGUCAUCAUGUGGCGCCUUUCUUAGCGAUUGCUCAACCUGGUAAUUGACAAUUUUACUGAAAUGAAAAGGAGUGAUGGGCACGAGCUUAAUUAAAAGUCCGUACAGCCGGGCUGCGCUCCUUACGCGGUUCACAACCCCAAAGAAAACGACCCGAGCACAGCUGAACGACCUUUCAGUUCCCCCCGUGUUUCUUAUCUCGAUAACAUGCAGUACCGUUCUGAGAGAAUGAGGCAGGGGUUUGGGGUAAUGUGGUUCUAGCUUAGUUUGCACCUGUGUCCUUCUGGAUGCUUCCAGAUCUUGAAAUUCUCAUCAUGGUGGUCAUAACACGUUUUGUUUUUCUUUAUUGUCAUUUGGAUUUGUUUCCUGAUAUGUUGUCUUGUGACCUUCACACUAGCAAUCGAGCUGGCAAGCAGACAUUCUGGCGUAGACGACAAAAUGACAUGAAUAACGGGAAUUGUCCGAUUAAGGGAGUGAGGUCAGGGGCCUCGUCUGUGUUGAACUGCUCUGUAAAGCUUAGUAUUGUAUUUUUUUCCCCAACAUUUUGAGCACACCGGUGCCCUCGGUAGGCCGUCUCUUAUCUUCCUUUUGUUUUAUUUUAUUUUUUUGCUUUACGUUUUUCUUUUUUUUGCUCAAAUUGAUCCAAGCUUCCCACCUCCACCUGAAUAGAAUUUCGAAACCUCCGUCUGACGUGACGCGCUUGACACCUGCAUUGUGAUUACUUUGUUUAGCUGGCAAAUGUGCAGCUGCUUACCUGUAAAGUUACCCGUCAGGAAUGGGGCACCCGCUGAGCUUCUGUAUGAGACGGG